AUGGCUGAUAGUAAUAACACUCUACUUCAAUCGAUUAAUCCAAACAAACGGUUAAUUUUCCAACCUACUUUACCGCAUAAUUUUAAUCCAAACGCUAUCGGAGAAAAUGGCGAAAGUGUUAUUGUGCCUGAUAAAGCUAAAGCAGAAAGUGAUAAACUUUUUAAGAAUCAUGGCUUUAAUCAAUGGGCAAGCGAUCAUAUGUCACUGCAUAGGACUUUACCCGAUUUGAGACCUUCAUUAUGCAAGAGCCAAGUUUUUCCCAAGGAUUUACCACAGACUAGCGUUGUGAUUGUCUUCCAUAACGAAGCUUUAUCAACCUUAUUAAGAACAGUUCAUAGUGUAUUGGAUCGAUCCGCACCGGAUCUCAUACAUCAAAUUAUCUUAGUUGAUGAUUUUAGCUCAAUUAAAGGACACGAUCCGCUAAAAAAGUAUAUAGCAGAUCUCAAGAAAGUUAUUCUAGUUCGAAAUCCGAAGCGUGAAGGCUUGAUUCGUUCUCGAAUUAUAGGAUAUUCUCGAGCUACAGCACCCAUUGUAACCUUCCUUGAUGCUCAUUGCGAAGUUACAAUCGGCUGGCUAGAGCCUUUACUUGAUAGAGUCCAUCAAAAUCGAAGUGUUGUCGUUUGCCCCGAAAUUGAUGUGAUCGACGAUAAGACAUUCCAAUAUCGAGCGGGUUCAAGUGGUGAUAUUCGAGGUGUUUUUAACUGGGAUAUGAAAUUUAGAUGGAGAUUAACUCCAUCCCAGGAGCAAAAACGCCGUAACAAUUAUAAUGUGCUGUUUGCUAGAUCUCCAACCAUGGCAGGUGGUCUUUUUGCUAUUGAUCGUCAGUAUUUCCAAGAGAUUGGCUUAUAUGAUAGCCAGAUGGAUAUUUGGGGAGGCGAGAAUCUUGAACUAUCGUUUCGGAUAUGGCAAUGUGGAGGCCAGUUGGAAAUAAUGCCAUGUUCUCAUGUCGGCCACGUAUUUCGAAAUGUCAUACCCUAUAAAUUUCCUAAAGAUGCUGGCUUAACUAUUAAUAAAAAUUCCGUCCGCACAGCUGAGGUCUGGAUGGAUGGUUAUAAAGAGUUUGUUUAUCAACGCCAGCCUUAUAUGCGAAAUAUUCAUUUCGGCAAUAUUACCGAGAGAUUGGAAUUACGGAAAAAAUUACAGUGUAAAAGUUUUAAAUGGUAUUUAGAUCACGUUUUUACCGAUGUUAUAUUACCAAAUGAAUCCGCUAUUGCUAAAGGAAAGGUUAGAAAUCCUGAAUCAGAAAUGUGCUUAAAUACGCUAGGCAGACCAAAACAUGCCUUCUUAGGCCUAUCACCUUGUGCUCAUGAAGGAAAGACUAUGAUCAUAUCACUCACAGUGUUAAAUGAAUUGGCAAUGGAUGAAGUUUGCUUCGAUGUAUCUGAUCACCAGUCGGGUGGGAAAAUUACUUUACUAGAUUGCCAUUCGAUGGGAGGAAAUCAAUUUUGGUCUCAUAAAAAGAAUGGAAAAUUACAACAUCGAGAUAGUGGGUUAUGCUUAGAUAGGGGUACCGGUAUUAACCCUGUCAUGCAACCAUGCAAAGAUGUUCCUUCACAGAUUUGGACGUUUGACAAUUACUAUCCUAACGUUAAGCCAAGGAAACUAAAUUGA